AACACUGGCGAGAGAUAAGGAAUGAGCUCUGCGGUAAGAGAGAGACAGAGAGAGAGAUGGCGAACCUCAGGACGGCGAUGGAUUCGGGGUUCGGGGACCUCAACAUUGCUAGCCCACAGACGCUUCUAGAAGGUUCGGCGAAGUGGGUUCCCGGCGGGCCCUUUCCGCUGGACGGUGCUCGAGCUAGCCGAGCCCUAAGAGUCCAGCAGCUCUCUCUUCUGGGGAACGGAUUUCCUCUCGGCAUUAUACCCUCUUACUCUCCCACUCCACACAAGGAAUUGGGUUCUUUCUCUCUUCAGUCGCUCUUUCUCAGACAUGAAUUCUCCGACUGGUGGCUUGGAUUGGCAGCACAGUUCCGCCCUAAGAAAUUGAUCUCUGCCAUUAAAGCAGAAAUACAUGGCGGUGAAGAGUGGGAGCUAUCUGCAUUUAAAGAUAUUGCUAAGCAUUUCCUGGACAAGUCCCUUUACUCACUUGGUCUAUGCUCACAGAUAUCUUUGACUUCCUCAUCCUCCUUAUUAUUAAGCACAGAAGCACAAGGUGAGAGGAAGGGACGCCGAUCCAGAACUAUGCUAAUUCACAAGCUUCCUAAUCAUGAUCUUACAAUGGAGGCAGCAUGGCCUGAGCUCUACAUAGACCAUAAUGGGAAAUAUUGGGAUGUUCCCGAAUCAAUUUCAUUGGAUUGCUCUUCUCUUGUUUCUGAAUCUGGAUUGCGGUAUCGUGUUGGUCUGCAUAAAAAUAGUGGUCAUCCUCAGGCCCUUGAUUCCAGUCAUAAUGAGUUACCCCUUGCCUUAAUGCCUGGGUUAUGUGCAAAAGCUGCCUUUUCUUAUGAGAAGAGUAAAGACUUGUGGAGGCAAGAGGAGACAAAGAAGGAUGUAAUUGUAGAGACAAAAAGGGGUCAAUUUUGGCGGCCUGCUUAUGAUAUUCGUCUUAAAGAACCUUAUUCAGCAAUUUCUGGAAUUAUUGGUGGUAUUUGUGCGGCCUGGAUCGGAGGUAGGGAGAGCUCAGCAACUGAUAAGAUUGCAAGACCUCUGGAUGCAAAGAGAAGAAGCCCUUUUAGUGCUGAUAUGUUUGGCUCAGUUUGCUAUACUUUCCAACAUGGGAAAUUCAGGAAGUUAUAUGGGGACCUCACUCGAAUAGAUGCUCGCCUCGAUAUCUGUUCAGCUUCAGCUUUGGCAGAAAGGGUUUCUAAAAUUUUCAGGACUUCAUCUAGUAAUGCUGAAAAUCCACUGUAUUCUCCCAGGCUCAGUUUGAUAUUUCAACAGCAGGUUGCAGGCCCAUUGGUGUUUCGAGUAGAUUCCAAGUUUUUGCUUGAUUCAUGGUCGUCGUCGUCAUCUGGGAAACAAGGAAUAGGAAUGCAUAUGGAGGACUUGAUAUGCAGCUUGAACUACCACCUGAGGCUCCUACAUUCGGGGAAAGUGGUGGCAUGGUAUUCCCCCAAGAGGAAGGAGGCCAUGAUUGAGCUACGCCUUUUUGAGUUCUAAUCUCUCUUUUUCCUGUCUUGUGAUUGUUUUGUGUUGAGCCAAUAUAUAUCUCACAAGCAUGACUUUGUGCCAAUCAAUUUAUUUCCCUUUUGGUAAAAUUAAAAAUUUAGAUGAUUUCUCAA